AAAUAUGUUAGCUUGAGACAAGGCACAUGCUACGAUAAUGUGGAAUCAUUCAAGAUUGGAUCCUAAGGCUAGAUUGCUAGGCUUUGGUGGGUUUUAUGACACGGGUGCUCAUGUGGUUUUGAUUUUUGUUACUUUGAACUUGCCCGUUCGGAAAUCAUUACCAUUUUUCCUUAAGGUCCAAAUUAUGCACGAUAAUGAAGCCCUGUUGUGAUUGCUCUAAUAAUUAGGCAGUGUUCGCUUGCCGAUAGCCUAAGAGGUGAUGGUUGUUGAAGCCUGAAGGCGGCGACUAUACCUUUGGCUGUCUGGAAUUAUCUGUCCUCGUUUCUAAUUCUCCACCAGCACAUCCCACUACCCUGUCCUUAGUGACCUUUUCAUUCAGAGGCAGUGGUCCGCCACUGGUAGAGCUCUCCCCGUUCAAUGGCUAGGGUUGACUUGGAUCUUGGGACCAAAGCUGGGUAAUUUCUUAUCACUUGGACAGUUAACCAUGGUGCAGGGACAGUCUUUUCUUCAUUGCUUUACUCCACCAAAGAAAUGUAAGUGCGCUGUAUCAACCCCUGCAAGCACAUCUGAUUCCAAGAUCAGCACUAUUUAGACUAUUAAAUUUAGUUUGCUUUUGGAAACGCCAUUGAAAUUAUAUUUUCUAAAAAUUUAAAUUUUUUUGAUAGUUUAAAGUUGAUAAGUAGAGUAAUUUUGAAUUCAGAGUAUUAAUAAUAUCAAAAUCUAAUAAAUGGGUAUUCAUUUCUUUUCAUGAAGAAAUUCAAUAUAUUUAUUGGAUACUAAUCUCAAUAUUUUAUUAAAAAUAAAGAAAAAAAGAAAACGGGGGAGUAUCCUUUUUUUGCAACUAGACCGAACCUUUAGGGUUAUAUAUAGCUUCUCUGCUUCCGGGAUAGAAAGAGGCAGAAUGAGUGUAGAAGCAGAAGCAGAAGCAGAAGCACAGUACUUCUCCAAAGACUUUGAAUGGGAAACACUAAGACAAGAAAUAGAAGAUAACCCUUCUUAUCAAUACCACUUACUCCCUUUCACUUAUACUACUCCUUCACAACAACAAGAAAUUCAAGUAAGUGAAGACUCAAAAGCAUGGAAAAGGUUCCAUCUUCGCCAUUCCACUGGCAAAUUCUUCAAGGAGAGAAGGUAUUUGUUGAAGGAAUUCCCUGAGUUGGUUUCUUGUAAAGAGUUUUCGAAGGUUUUGGAAGUUGGCUGUGGCAAUGGCAGUUCUGUUAUUCCUAUCUUACGUGGCAACCAGGACAUUAUCGUAUAUGCUUGUGAUUGUAGCAGUGAGACUCUUGAGAGGGCUAAAGAGAUUGUUCAUUCCACUAAUAUAUUCGCAGUCCAAAAUCGUUUCCACCCAUUCUUCUGUGACUUUGCUUUUACUGGGUUCCCGAAAUGGUUGGUUUGUGAUUCUUGCGUAGAAAUUUUUUCACUGAAACAGCAAGAAUACUCCUCAGAUGUUAAAGAGGGUGGUGGGGCAGAUAAGAGUGGUUCAUAUUUGUCAAGAGAAUGUGGCUGUUGCAUUGGUGGGGUUGAUUUUGUUAGCUUGAUAUUCACACUAUCAGCGGUGCCACACAAAAAAAUGUCCUCAGCUAUCAUGGAGUGCUUUUCUGUCCUGAAGCCUGGUGGCCUGCUACUUUUCAGGGAUUAUGGGCUGUAUGACAUGACUAUGCUGCGGUUUGAGGAAGAAAAGAGAGUGGGGUUCCGUGAGUACAUGCGAUCAGAUGGAACUCGUUCUUAUUUCUUCUGUUUGGAUACAGUCAGGGAUCUUUUUGUGGGUGUAGGAUUCAUUGAGCUUGAGCUUGAGUAUUGUUGUGUCAAGUCUGUGAAUCGCCGUAAAGGGAAGAGCAUGCAGAGGGUGUGGGUUCAUGGGAAGUUCCAAAAGCCCGCAUACAGUAGCAGUCAAGAUGUCACUUGUUGAGGGCAGCUUUGACUUCUGUGGCAAAAGCGAACUGGUGUGUGGAAUGGAUGUCGACUCAAGCCUACUUCCUUGAAGCCUACUCCUUAGAUGUUGCAGUUUCCUACUGCACAGAAGCUCCCUUUGGCUAUUUGAAGCUAAAGCUUGAUUGCAUUUCUGGGUUCUUACAUCCAGAAUGUGAUGUUCUUUUCUUCGGGUUUUCUGCCCUAUUAAAUUUUCAAAAAACAAAUUCUAUCCCAGCAGUGGUUCCAGGUGACAGCAUGAUGGAGAUGUCUAGCUAGUGCUCAAAGUACAAACAACGAUACAAAUAUGAUACUGUCUAUAAUAGUAAUAAUAAUAAUAAUAAUUACCCUAAAUUCGUCGAAA